AUGCUGCUUUGACCUACAAUGAACUUCUUGAAAAAUGUGAUAAGGUCGUUGAGGAUUUGAAGAUCACAGACGCCCAGUGUCAGCUUGUUCAACAGAAGACAAAGGGACAGGCUUCAUCAAGGAUGUGGUAUACCUACAGAUGUGGCAGGAUAACAGCUUCCAAGUUUGGUGCGGUUAUAAAGAGCAAUGAUAACGAGCCCCGGAAAUCACUUGUGAAAGCCAUAUGCUACCCAGAGUCAGCAAAGUUUAAAACUUCAGCGACAAGGUGGGGCAUUCAGCAGGAGACCAAGGCAAAGGAGGCAUACACUGAGACCAUGUCAUCAAGACACGUCAAUUUUAAUGUAACCCCCACUGGGCUCUACAUUUCUCCGCAAUACCCUCAUCUUGGUGCAUCACCUGACGGGAAGGUGUCUUGUGACUGUUGUGGCUCUGGGUGCUUGGAAAUCAAAUGCCCCUACUUGGCAAAAGACAAGACACUGUUAGAACUAUCGAAAGAAAAAGACUUCUGCUUGGUUGCAUCCUGUUCCUCCGAUGUGACACUGGAACUUAACAGACAACACAACUAUUACUUUCAAGUACAGUGCCAGAUUCAUGUUACAAAAUCCCCAUACUGUGACUUUUGUGUGUGGACACCUUUGGAAUUAUUUAUUGAGAGAAUAACUCCAGAUUCCAAUUUUGAAAGACAUGUUAUGAAGGCAACAACAUUUUUCAAAUAUGGUGUGUUGCCAGAACUGCUGGGAAAAUGGUUUACACGAAAUGCAGUACUGAAACUUGGUGCAACAUCUGUUUUGUAGAACUGCUGCUGAUUAGACCUUCAUCUUGGGCAAGGGCGUCACUUUGUGUUAAAAAGUG